GUGUCACGUGUACCUGAGGCGAUCUCAGCAGCAGCAAGUACCUGUGGUGGAUUUCCAGGCAGAACUGAGACAGGCAUUCUUAGCUGAGACACCAAGAGGUGGUUAAAGCAGUAUUGGAACACCAAGGCUCCAUCUACUAUUUGAAGCUUCUGCCUCAGCUUGCAUUGUUUGUAAGAGAACCUGCGUCAUACCUUUAUCUGUAGCCUUCCCUUAGGUCUUAAGGAUCCUGAAACUUUCCUGUGGACAUUGAAUUUGGUGGAACAGCAAUCAUGACUGUGGGAAAGAGUAGCAAGAUGCUGCAGCACAUUGACUAUAGGAUGAGAUGUAUCCUGCAAGAUGGUCGUAUCUUCAUUGGCACCUUUAAGGCUUUUGACAAGCAUAUGAACUUGAUCCUCUGUGAUUGUGAUGAGUUCAGGAAGAUCAAGCCAAAGAAUGCUAAGCAGCCAGAGCGUGAAGAAAAGCGAGUUUUGGGUCUGGUGUUGUUGCGUGGGGAGAACUUGGUUUCCAUGACUGUGGAGGGACCACCCCCCAAAGAUACUGGCAUUGCUCGGGUACCACUUGCUGGAGCUGCAGGGGGCCCUGGGGUUGGCAGGGCAGCUGGCAGAGGCGUUCCAGCUGGUGUUCCAAUUCCCCAGGCUCCUGCUGGAUUAGCAGGACCUGUCCGAGGGGUUGGGGGCCCAUCUCAACAGGUAAUGACCCCACAGGGAAGAGGCACUGUAGCAGCUGCUGCAGUUGCUGCUACUGCCAGCAUUGCUGGAGCUCCAACUCAGUAUCCACCAGGACGGGGGACUGCACCUACACCUGUUGGUCGAGCAACCCCACCUCCAGGAAUUAUGGCUCCUCCACCUGGUAUGAGACCACCCAUGGGCCCACCAAUUGGGCUUCCUCCUACUCGUGGGACACCAAUAGGCAUGCCCCCUCCAGGAAUGAGACCCCCUCCACCAGGGAUAAGAGGUCCACCUCCCCCAGGAAUGCGUCCACCAAGACCCUAGGAUACUGUUGAUCCUUCUUAGUCACUUUUUGUCCUGCAAUGCAGCUUGUGAAAUGUGUGAAAUGUUUGUGAGCUUUUGUCCCCUUCUGCUCCAUUAAUAUUAGCUAAUAAAUGCAUAGAGCAAUUAA